CUCCUCAACACAGUGUCACCUGAGGAAACAACCCAGACCCCAUCAGGACCAGGACCAAAUGGCUGCUUCUCAGGGUCAAUUGACUUUCAGGGAUGUGGCCAUAGAUUUUUCUCAAGAAGAGUGGGAAUGCCUGGACCCAGCUCAGCGGAAGUUGUACCUGGAUGUGAUGUCUGAGAACUACAGAAACCUGGUCUCCUUAGCUAAACCAUCUAAAGAUAAAGAGGCUUUUAUGCCAACGCCCAGAAUACAAGAUUUAUUCCCGGAAAUAAUACUGAGUACACAUAAAGGAGAUAGCAGUUAUCAAUGGAUUGAACAUUGGAAAAACUUUAAUCAAGAGACAUAUCUUAAUCAUUGGACAAGUGAGCAUGCAGAGGACUAUUGUAAAAGUGGAAAAGUCUUUAAUCAAAUGUUCAGUCAGAACAUAAAUCAGGUUAUUCCUAUUGUGGAGAAAACACACAAAGGAAGUCAAUGUGUCCAGUGUUUUCAGCAAUCAUCAAAUUACAAUGAAAAGGAGAAUAUUCAUUCUCGGGAGGAGGCUUACAAAUGGAAUCCAUGUGGGAGAGUGUUCAGUCAAAUAUUCAAACUAAAUAGAUGCAAAAGAAUCGAUAUGGGGGGGAAACCUUAUCAAGGUAAAGAUUCUAUUUGUCCUUCAGGCUGUACUUUAAACCAGAGAAUUCAUCCUGGAGAGAAGCCUUACAAAUGUAAAGCAUGUGGCAAAGCCUUUAAAUGUCAUUCAUCUCUUAUUGUACAUAAAGGAAGAAUUCAUAAUAUUGGAAAAUUUUUCAAACUCGGGGAAAAUGGAAAAGGCUUCAGUCAAUCACCAAGACAUACUCAAAAACAUAGAAAUCAUAAAAGAAAAAAGUCUUAUAAAUGUUCAGAAUGUGACAAAGCCUUUACCAGUCCCUCAGCUCUUAGUAUUCAUCUGAGAAUUCAUACUGGAGAGAAGCCUUAUGGAUGUAGAGAAUGUGGCAAAAUGUUCAGUGAUUCCUCAGCACUUAAUCAACAUCAGAGAGUUCAUACUGGAGAGAAGCCUUUUAAAUGUAGAGAAUGUGGCAAAGUUUUUAGCCAGGUCUCUAACCUUAUUACACAUCAGAGAGUUCAUACUGGAGAGAAGCCUUAUACAUGUAUAGAAUGUGGCAAAGCCUUUAGGCAUUCCUCAUCACUUUCUUAUCAUCAUAGAGUUCACACAGGAGAGAAGCCUUAUAAAUGUAGAGAAUGUGGAAAAGCGCUUGCUACCUUCUCAUCCCUUACUUAUCAUCAGAGAAUUCACACAGGAGAAAAGCCUUAUAAAUGUGAAGAAUAUGGGGAAGCCCUUAACACCGCUUCAUCCCUUACUUAUCAUCAGAGAAUUCACACAGGAGAGAAGCCUUAUAAAUGUAGUGAAUGUGGGAAAGCCCUUGCUACCUCCUCAUCCCUUACUACUCAUCAGAGAAUUCACACAGGAGAGAAACCUUAUAAAUGUAGAGAAUGUGGAAAAGCCUUUAGCAGGUAUUCAAACUUUGUUAUACAUCAAAGAAUUCAUACAGGAGAGAAGCCUUAUAAAUGUAGAGAAUGUGGCAAAGCUUUCAGUGAGUCCACAAAGCUUAGGCGACAUCAGAGAGUUCAUACUGGAGAGAAGCCUUAUAUAUGUAGAGAAUGUGACAAAGCCUUUACCAAUCCCUCAACCCUUAGUAUUCAUCUGAGAAUUCACACUGGAGAGAAACCUUAUAAAUGUAAUGAAUGUGGCAAAGCUUUUAACCAGUCCUCAUUUACUUAUCAUCAGAGAGUUCAUACUGGAGAGAAGCCCUAUAAAUGUAGAGAAUGUGGAAAAGCCUUUAGAUGUUCCUCACAUUUUAUUACCCAUCAAUUAUUUCAUACUGGAGAGAAGCCUUAUAAAUGUGGAGAAUGUGGCAAAGCCUUUAACCAGUCCUCAAACCUUAUUUAUCAUCAGAGAGUUCAUACAGGAGAGAAGCCUUAUAAAUGUAGAGAAUGUGGCAAAGCCUUUAGAUUUUCCUCACAUUUAAUUACCCAUCAGUUAUUUCAUACUGGAGAUAAGCCUUAUAUAUGUAGAAAAUGUGACAAAACAUUCACUGCGUUAUCAACCCUUACUAUCCACCAGAGAGUUCACACUGGCAAGAAGCCUUAUAAAUGUGGAGAAUGCGGCAAAUCCUUCGGUAGAACCUCACACCUUGCUUAUCAUAAAAGAGUUCACACUGGAGAGAAGCCUUAUCAAUGUAGAGAAUGUGGCAAAGCCUUUAGAUGUUCCUCCCAUCUUACUACCCAUCAGAUAGUUCAUACUGGAGAGAAGCCUUAUCAAUGUGGAGAAUGUGGUAAAGCCUUUAAAAGUUCCUCAUACCUUGAUAAUCAUCAGAAAGUUCAUACUGGAGAGAAGCCUUAUAAAUGUGGAGAUUGCGGCAAAGCCUUUAGAAGUUCCUCAUACCUUACUAAUCAUCAGAAAGUUCAUACUGGAGAGACGCCUUAUCAAUGUGGAGAAUGUGGCAAAGCUUUUACAUGUUCCUCCCAUCUUAUUACCCAUCAGAUAGUUCAUACUGGAGAGAAACCUUAUCAAUGUGGAGAAUGUGGUAAAGCCUUUAAAAGUUCCUCAUACCUUGAUAAUCAUCAGAGAGUUCAUACUGGAGAGAAGCCUUAUCAAUGUGGAGACUGUGGCAAAGCCUUUACACGUUCCUCAUACCUUACUAAUCAUCAGAGAAUUCAUACUGGAGAGAAGCCUUAUCAAUGUGGAGAAUGUGGCAAAGCCUUUACACGUUCCUCAUACCUUAUUAAUCAUCAGAUAGUUCAUACUGGAGAGAAGCCUUAUCAAUGUGGAGAAUGUGGCAAAGCCUUCACAUGUUCCUCAUACCUUACUAAUCAUCAGAGACUUCAUACUGGAGAGAAGCCUUAUCAAUGUGGAGAAUGUGGCAAAGCCUUUACACGUUCUUCAUACCUUACUAAGCAUCAGAGAGUUCACACUAGAGAAAAACCUUAUACAUUUAGAGAAUGUGGCAAAGCCUUUGAUGGAAACUCACAGCUUAGUAAGCAUCCGACAGUUCAAACUGGAGAGAAGCCUCAUAAAUGCAGAGAAUGUGGUAAAUUCUAUAGAUGGUCCUCAGAACUUACUAACCAUCAGAGAGUUCAUACUGGAGAGAAGCCUUUUAAAUGUAAAGAAUGUGACAAAUCCUUUGGUGCAUCUUCAAGCCUUGUUUAUCAUCAGAAAGUUCACACUGGAGAGAAGCCUUUUAAAUGUAUAGAAUGUGGUAAAGCCUAUAGAUGGUCCUCAGACCUUAUUAAACAUCAGAGAGUUCACACUGGAGAAAAGCCUUAUAAAUGCAGAGAAUGUGGCAAAGACUUUAGGUGUCCAUCAAACCUUAUUAAGCAUGAGAGACUUCACACGGAGAAGCCUUAUAAAUGUAGAGAAUGUGGGAAAGCCUUUGGUAGAGACUCAGAACUUAGUAAGCAUCAGACAGUUCACAUUGCAGAGAAGCCUCAUAAAUGCAGAGAAUGUGGCAAAGCCUUUAGCUACCCCUCAAAACUUAUUAAGCAUCAGAGAGUUCAUAUGAGAAAGCCUUAUACAUGUAGAGAAUGUGGAAAAUCCUUUGUCAAUUCCUCCUACCUUACUAAGAAUGAUAUCGUUCAUACUGGAGAGAAGCCUUUUACAUGUAGAAAGUGUAACAAAGCUUUCAUUCAGUGUGUCUGCUAAACUAUAGAGCAGAGAGUGCAUACUUGAGAGAAGUCUUACAGAUAUGCCUUGUGUGGUCGGUCCUUGAUCAGCAGAGUACUUAACAUCAUAGAAUUCAUGCUGGAGAGAAAAAUGUAAAAAAGCCUUUUAAAGUCACUCAGGUAUUAUUAUAAUUGAGAUAUUCAUAAGAGAGAGAGACCAAACAAAUGUAGAGAAUAGGAUGGAGCAUAUACCCACAGCUCAAUUCACUGCACAUCAGGGAAUUGAAUAGUAGAGGGACACUUUACACUGUAGAAAAUGUGAGCCUUAACCUGAGGUCAAACUCAACAUUUCAGGAAUCAUUCUAAAGAAACAGAUAUAAUGUAGUUUUCAUCCAAAGGUUUCUCCAUGGUUGAAACUUCAUUGAGAAUGAUAAGAUGAAGUCUUACAAAUUAUGAGGCAUAUUGUCAGUGUAUGUCCUCAUUUAUAUGUCAUACUAUCUCUGAUAAUUAUUACUGGGUUGAUUCCCAUCAACAUAAAGAGUGUGACAAAUCUUACAC